GAGUAUGAAUGGUUACUGAAAGGCUGUGGAUAUUUGUCUGGCUGUCGGUUAGGUAGUUUUUCAUAGACUAUCACCAGGAGUUGAUAGAAUUGAUGAAAAUUUGUGUACACAUUAUUUACAAUCUUUUAAAUAGAGUAUGAGUACAGUACUCAGAUUUCAUUAUUGGUGGAAACCCAAGAAAUUGUAAUUUUAAACUGGCAUAACAAAAUGGGGCUAUUGCUCUUGAAACACUAAUUUACAACCCCAUAACUGCGUGGUAAUAUUCUAGUACUUUGCCAUUUUUUAUGCUGAUUAUGGUGUACAAUGACCAGGUUAGGUUAGCUUAUUUUGGUUAUAUUGUUAACCCUUAAAACAUUUUACAUUCAUGAUUUUACACUCGUCAAAUACAUGAAAGAUUACCAUGCUUUCUUGCCUCAUAAAAUUAAUGAUAAGUGUACAAGCAUUACAUUUUACAUGAUACAGUUUUUGUGAUUGAUAUUGGCUUGAUUUUGGCUUCAAUUAAAGGACACGAGUGGCCCUGCCAAGCAGUAUACAGUAUUGUCUUGUCUUCUCAGUGAUCGCAUGACAGGGCACCAGCUUGCUUGUUAUAGUUGCAAUGCUGUAUUUAAGGAUGUUUUGUCAGCAGCUGAGCACACACUGGAGUGUGUUGAACCCCCAACCUCCAUUAAGAAACCUGAAUAUCCUGUGAAAAAAAAAGUUGACCCUAACAGGGUAAAGAUACCAAGACCACCAAGAACUUGGAUUCGGAAAUAUGAAGCAAUCCUGCUGGCAUGUAUAAGGGACCAUGCUGAGAUUAUUGGACAAGCAAAAGCAAAAGUUGGUAAAAAACCAUACUCAGAUGUCAUGGAAGUGUUGGCCAAAAAGCUGCAAGUAUCUAUUGGAGGAUGGGUUGAUCGAAAGGCUAUUAUAAAAAAGUGGUUGAGUUUGUUGCGACGUGCCAGGAAUUUUGACAUGCUUCAGAAGGGUGACCAGUUGUUGGGUUACCUCCAUCUAGAUCCUCCUGAAUUUUAUGGAUCUAUUAAAGAAAUUGAAAAUGAAAUUCAAAAAGUGAAAUGGAGAGCACUCCAUGGUGACAAGCAAAAGAAAGAUAAUGGAAAAACAUUGGAGGAGGAUAGAGUGCCAGAUGUUGAAGACCAUGAUGAUGAUGAUGAUGUUGCAGUGAAGCAGUGUAAGGUGGAAGCUGAUGUAGAGUAUGUUGUAGACAGUGGUAAACAAGAGCGAAAAUGCAUUGACGUUGUUGAUGUAGGGAAUACAAUGAUGCGUAAGGAUGUUGUCCUCUCCAUUUUGAACCAAUUAGAGCAAGGAAAUGCAAGUCCCACAGAAAUUGCUCAAGAGUUUGGGAUCGAUGAGAGUUUUUUGGAAUUGAUUAAACAAAGAAAGGAAACUAUUAUACAAGGAAUUGAGAGAUGUUCCUUGUGUCAUCUUUUGCUUGGGAAUAAGAAAGAGCUGGUCACACAUGAACUUCAGUGUUCUCCCAAGAAUAAGUGGAUUGAAGAUCGCUUGGACGACAGAAAUGAAAAUGACAAUUUCCAGUUUUUGCCUGCAACAGUAGAGCGAUUGGUUCACCUGGUAAUAGACACCAACCCACGUGAGAAUAGAAGAAAUACCUGGAAAAAGAUUGCACUCCAUCUGUCAGUCCUUCAAGAUGGUGUGACAAUGAAACGAUGCAAUCAGAAAUGGCGCAACCUUGUUAACCAGUGUCGGUCUUAUGAACAAUUGGAUAAAUGGGCUCUAGCCCACAAUUAUACUCACUCCAGACCUGUGCCUGAUUACUACCAUCUAAUUAUACCAUAUGUCAACUCUUGUGAAAAAAAGAAAAUUCGUCCUUCCCUUGAUACAAUUCGGAAGUUUGUGUCUACAAGUAAGGACAGUGGAAAAGAUGAUAAUGGUAGUUGGGAUGGGUCCAAUAGUUACAGUGUUCCUCCAAAUGAGGAGACUGACGAAGGUGCCGCAGAAUUUGAAGAGGAUGACCUAAAUGAUUCCCAAGAUCCUUUAAAUACAAGUGUUGAUGAUAAAAUCCCUUCCAAAUCAAAAACUGAGUCAGAAUCGACAGAUGACAUGGUUCCUUCUUUGAGGAUUACUGCCAAGUCAAAAUCCCAAAGAGGAUCUAACAAUGAUGUGGCUCCUUCUGUGAAGAUUGGUGACAAAUCAAAUUUUAUUUCAAAAUCUCCCAGUAAAUUGAAUGUUCAAAAUAGGCAAACUAGAGAGGCAAAUACAGUUGGCAUUCAUUUGGAAAAUGUUGAUGACAUUGACACAGCCCAAGAAACUAUCAAGCACCAAGCAGAACUUAUAAGCAAGUUUGAGAAUAAGCUGGAUAAUGCAUUAGUUUUACUAAGAGACAUAUCAAGAGAAAAUCGACGACUGAGUAAGGCGGCAGAUACGAGACAAGAUACAGGUAUGGCACUUGUUGGGGAUAGCAUCAGCAAGAUGGCUCAGAUGCAAGCAGAAAUGCAAACUCAGAUGAUGAAUCAACUGGAGACAAUGACGAGUAUGUGGGAACGUCACCACCAGGAGAACCUUGCCCUCUUGAAUUCACUUAUCACAGAGAUAGGCAGUAAAAAUGUAGCUAAAGUUGUUAUUGCAAAACCUGGAGAUCAAACAUCUGAUUUGAGGGCACCAAAGGUAGAAACAGCAAGCAACAGUAGAACAGCAAAACCAGAUCAGACAUAUGGCAGUAAGACAGGAAAGUCAGGUCAGACAUGUGACAAAAAGACAGAAAAAUCAGAUCAGUUAUGUGACAGCAAGACAGGAAACUCUGAUCAGGUAUGUAAUAGUAACAUAACACAAUUACCUCAAGCAUCUGACAGUAAGACAGCUAAACCAGAUCAGUCAUGUGACAGUACGACAACAAAAACAACACGGACAUGUAUCAUCAUGAGAAGAAAGCAAGAUCAGAAAUGCAGUAGUAACACAAAAUUGGAUCAGACAUGUGACAGUAAAUCAACAAAAGCAAGCCAGCCUUGCAAUAAUAAGACCCCAAAAGCAAAUGAAGUAAGUAAUAGUGUGACAAGAAAGCCAGAAGAUGAAAUACCCAAUAAACGGAUAAAAAGAAGAAAAGUAAUUCCUGAUUAUUGAUUUUCUGAUCUUACCAAUAUAUUUUGAUUGGCGUGGUUUCUAUUUAUAUGUGUUGUUACAUUUACAACUAAUGAAUUGUUCAGUGAAGCUAUGCACUUUAAUGUUAACAACCUGGUACAAAGGGAUAAGAUUUUAGUCAGAAGUAGGACAAAGUCUGGGUCACAGUACAGGAAUAAUAUUGUGUUACUUAAGAGUUUCCAAAGCUCAUAUCUAGCUUACCCUGUGUCAUGAAGCUAAAACAUGUUAAGUAAUUACAGUAUGAUGGAACUACCAAAUAUACAUGGCCCAGGAAAAUA